GCGGUCCAUGGAGGGAGAGAAAAGAGAUACUUGUUUAUUAAUACGGAAGCGCCUAUUACACUCGGUUUUAUUCUCAACAUGCCUAUCUCCCUGGCCUUGCCGACCCUGGCUUCUGUGAACGGCCGCUCCCUGCAGUUCCUGACGCUGGCAGAAGGGGAUGAGAUUCCCGACGACCUGCUGUGGGAGCCUGCCUACGAAGAGCAGUUGGGAAGGCUUAGUGCCUAUUUUGCUCAUCUCGAGCUUCCUACUAUGUCCUGCCAAGAGCGACUCCUUUGCGAAUUGGCUGCUGAUCCAGACAGUUUUUCGCCCAUCGGGGAGAUCUUCAUGAAGGAGCUGAGGCUCAACCAUGGCCCCGUGAAAACCACAUCAGACUCCCUCAUGUGGCGUUAUAUUUCCUCAGCAAGAGAAGGGUUUGGGUCAGUCAGUGGACAGUGUGCAGUCUCCUUCCCCAUUUGCCCAUACGCUCCAGACAGGAUUCUUAACAUGCCAGUUUUGAAGGUGUGGCAGUAUAUUUCCGAAAGGUUGAAUCUUCAGCUGGUAUGAGUUGGUAUUUUAAAUGGGUUUUGACUUUAUGAAGUGAUGUUGGAUGUCUUUAGAAAUUAUUUUUGAGUUAUAGAGUAAUUUAUUGAAUGGUUAAGAAUUGUGUUGAGUAUGUAGAGUAACAAUAGAUUUUUUUUUUCAUUUUUCAUUGUCUGUUACACUGUAUGUAUACUUUUAUUUAUUUUUUGUUUGGUUUUCUUCCCUUUGGAAUUUUUAACAAGCCUGUUGAGUAUUUUUCUAAUAUGUCAAAUCGUCAGUGGAUUUGGAUAUCUUUAGUACUGGAUUUAAAGAAUCAUGAAUUUACAUUUUGUAAUGAUUUAAUGGUUGUU